AAUUUUCGCCUGUCGUUCUUUAUCAUCAGAGGUGUCCAUUCUUCGCAGGCCUAUUUCCCUUAGCCUCGCAAUGCAGCAUGGGCUUGAUAAUUUGCACGUGCGCAAUGGUGGUAUUGGAUAUCAACAUGGCGGACGGAAGACGGGUUAUCAAGAUGGUUUCAACCUUUCGAAGACUUCUUCAAAAUGCAGUAAAAUCUUGAUUUUACUUAAAGACCUUUUUGGUAACCUACGUAGACCUCUUAUCUGCCAUGGCUCAGUGCACGCAGAGCGCUUUCGAGUUUAUACAGAACGCUUUUUGCCCUAUGGUUGCCGUUAUGUGCAGUGAAGAUGCCCAGAAGGUCUGCGAGAAAAACAACUUGAGUUUUGUGGAAAUGGUGCGUCCAUUCUGCCAUCUAACAAGUGAAGCGCAUAUCAGAGAUCCGUCUGGUGUGAUCCAUCCUGUGAAAAACUGGCAUAUCCGACUGGUUGAAAUGUCUGCCACUCACCCACCUCAGCACGUUGUGAACAAAUUGUUGAGUGAAGUUGUAUCACGGACACAGCCUCUUAACCCUGAUCCCAGCUCUCUGUCUCCUGAUGCUCAGGCAAGAGGUUCCGCCCCUUGGUUUGAAGCCUUCCGUGACUGCUUUUUUCAGUUGGUGAAACCAUCUGACCACGAGUUUAUUAGACAUUUUCUAGCCUGCCUGAUAGUUGUUUCUUCUCACCAUCCUGAUCCUAUGAAUGCUUUUGCAACCAUGAGCUCACAGCAAAUAGAACAACAAUCUGACCAACAUGGCCAUUUCAAGUGGUUUACCAACACCGUGUUUAAAUACCAUCUUUUGUUACAUGAUGUCAGUGUCGGUGAAGAGUCAAAGGCGGAAGCAAUUUACCAGAGUAUGAAGUCUGUGUAUGGAAUACAUGCCUGCCACAUGUUACAGAUAAACUCUGUCACCAAUACUGGUUCCAAUCCUCUUCCAAAUCUUCCUGAUCCAUGGAGUCAAUUUAUAAUUCCAACUAGUGAAGACACAUUGGACUGGGAUGAUGAUGAAGUAGAUGCCAGUGCUCAAUCUGUUGAAGAUGACCCUGAGAAUUGUGCCGUUGAUGAAAACUUUGAUCCCGAGGCAGCAGUCCAUGAGCAGACUGAUGGGGGACGGGUCCGCAGCAGCUCAGGACCAAUUCUGAUUGGUCCUUUGACAUUUGAUGACGACACUGAGCUUGAGGAUGACUUGGAGAAUGAAAAACUAUCAAAACAUCUUCCCGGCAAACCGAAUGAGAAACAUCAUCAUCAUCUUGCCAGUCAUUACCGCUACUUUUACAGUCGGCAAUUCUCCAGUGGAACAAGAGGGGCAACGGCUCAAAGAAAUCAUGGAUUGUGCUUGAGUCUGAGUGAUCAUGACAGGAUCAAGAUAUUCAUUCAUGAGUUGGGCUACAGCGGACUUCUCCAAUACAUUGAGAAACUGAUGAGAUAUCUGAAUGAACAGAUUGUCUCGCGUAAAGGUCUUCAUCGCUCAAUCUUCAGUGCUACAAAAAAGUGGUUUGGUGGUGGAAAACCAGCUGGAAUGGCAUCUGGGUUGGUUCCAGGAAUCAUAUACAGUGAUGAUUCUCCAGAAUUGUACCAACGCAAGCUGGGUGAUUUGGCAUUUUUGGUCCAAAACUAUGAACUUGCAUACAACAGUUACCACACAGCGAAGAGGGACUUCAACAAUGAACAUGCUUGGUUUUAUUUUGCAGGAGCAUUGGAAAUGGCAGCCAUCUCAGCUUUUAUGGCAUCAAAUAAUCGUCCUUUUCCAACACACUACAUGGAAACAUCAAUCACCACAUACCUCAAUGCAUGCAGACAGCACCAGUUUGCUAUUAGAGCCACCCUCCUUAGUGCUGAAACUCUCAAGGCACGAAAUAUUUACCUUGAUGCCGCCAUGCAGUUCAUGCGAAUGACUGCUGAGGAUUCUGAUCUUGUGUGUGCUCUGUUUUUGGAGCAAGCAGCACAUUGUUUUCUUCACAGCAACCCACCCAUGAUUCGCAAGUAUGCUUUCAACAUGAUCUUGGCAGGUCAUCGUUACAGCAAAUCUGCGCAGAGAAAACACUCCUUGAGAUGUUAUCGGCAAGCUCUUUACAUCUACAACGAAAAGUCAUGGCACCUUGCUGAGGAUCACAUCAACUUCACUAUCGGUCGCCAGUCAUUCCAUCUGCGUUUGUUAGAGGAUGCUCAAUCAUUUUUUAGACAACUUUUGGAGUACGAAAGCUCUCAAGCACCAGAACAACAGGCGUCCUACCUUAGAGAAUUCCUCAUCGUUUUCAAGCAAUUAAAGGACAUCAAAGUAAAGGAGAAGGCAGAAGUGAAUAAGCUUCCUGUUUUACCUCUACCGUUAAUUGACCAACAUGCGACGAAAGUUAUACCAUGUUACCGACACAACAGUUUUCAAGGCACACAACCGGAAAGGACACUUGUGAACAGUGCACUAGAAACAAAGGACAACUUUUUUAAUCAAACAUUAAUCAAAAAUAGCAACUGGACUUCUGUUGGACAAACUUCUUUUGAUGAUAAAUUUAAUCAUACAUUGGCUCAGAGGUGGAUUACACUCCAGGAAGAAGCGUACGAGAGUAUUAACAUGACCUCUUUGCCUCCUUCGUUUCGAUGUCAAACACCAUGUUUAAGCUCAAAGACUGAUAACAGAACGAGGCCGCUCGGUGUUGUCAAAGAGACUAUUGGAGUAGAAGUUGUUCUUAAAAAUCCUCUCAAGAUUCCAUUAAACCUGACAAAUCUUCUGUUAUUAUGGGAAUUCACUCCGGAAGGUCACGAAGAUAGCAUCUCAAAUGAGUUUUCACCAAAGGAAGAUUUGGUCAAAACGGAAGUAAUAAAGAAUUUUGAUAUCAGUGGAAAUGAAACCAAAGCUGCCCGUCUCACUGUCAUUCCAUGUCAGACGGGACGGCUUCAUAUCACAGCAAUUAAGUACAGCUUGACAACUGCAGCCAUCCAUGGAUCAGUUGAUGAGAAAAUCUCCGUCCCUCCUGGGGCAAACUCUGCUCUGCCAGACAUCAGCAUGCAAGGAAGGUUGGACUUUGAUCAGAGAGGCCCUCGGCUGAAUAACACCAAGGCAGAGAAGACGAGUGUGAUCUAUGGACCAGACUAUCGUCUUCACUUGGAUGUUGUGCCGCCAAUGCCGUUACUUGAGGUUCGGUUCUCGGGAUUUUCUAACAAACUCCUUUGUAACGAAGUGGUCCAAACCAUGGCAGAGUUCAUCAACUGUAGUGAGUGUCACCUUGAAAAACUCUACAUCGCCACACCCAACCCUGAAUUCUUCACCUUUGGAGACAGAGAACAUGCAGUGGGCGGGGUGAAUGUGAACCACGUCAGAAGAGUCUUUCAAGUUCCCAUUGCUGGAGGUAGUCUUGCUCCUGGUUAUACGACCAAGUUACCAGUUUGGAUUCAAGGUCACAGCAAACCUGGCAGAUUCAAACGAGAAAUGUUGUUUUACUACCAGUCUGCAGGCAUCAAAUCUGCAAUGAGUUAUCGAGUGCUUCAGCAUGCCUUUGACGUAACCACGAAUAGCUCUGUUGCUGUACGCGCCACGGCAAGGCGGAACAGACACUCCGUUUUUCAACCAAGUUCUGAAGAUGAAAAUCAGUUGGUUAUUGCUGUGGAUGUGGAAAGUCUUGUACAGGGUGAAGUAGCAAGAAAACACACGGAAUUCUCUGUGGUUCAAGUAUCUUGUGCAAGCAGGAAAUGGACUCUGGAACCCCUCAGCCACCACAAUGCUGAGGGUGCUAUUAAACUACGAUAUGGCGAAACAGUGAUUGUCCAGUUCAAAGCAACAAAGCACAGCGGUGCUUCGGAUUCUUCAGAGAAACUCCAUUUCAGCCACGUUUGCUUCGUUGAAAAUGAGAUUGCUGCCUCGUCUUCUCCAGCCGUUGACUUUUUCUUCAGAUCAGAUGCCUGGGAAGAACAGAAACAAUUCGCCAACAAACUUGAUUCUGGGAGUGUUGACGACACUUCACAAGUGGACAUUGGUUUGAUUGUGUUCUGGCAGACUUCAUAUCUAGACAAGGGCUUUCAACAGCAAAUUGUCAAGGGCCAAAGUCACGUGAAUAUCAACAGAUUGGCGGAAACAGUGUCAGCUGUCACAAAUCCACUGGUACCGCCGUUCAAUUCCUCCUCCCUUCAAACGACGUCACCUUGUGACACGGACAGCGUUAGUAACUCAGAACUACUUGUCAAGUACUCCUUGCGGCAUCCUGCAUCACUCGAAGUCGAUUUUUCCUCCAGCAGGCUGGCGCGUCUUGUGGUGGUGCUAUCGUUACACAACUGUUGUUCAACAACCGUCCACGUGUUUGUGGAGCUAGUACCAAGUGUCGGAAACACUUCAUCAGUAUCAGAAGGUGAAUCGAGCAAUUCCACAAACAAUACUGUUGCCUUCGACAAGGAUACAGACUCUACAUCAUCUCCCAGCUCAUUCACUUGGGUUGGACAGACAUCGAGAAGAUUUCAACUAGAUCCGAACGGGACUUCGACGUUAAAAUUCAACGCCCUGGUGUCGCUUCCCGGCGUCUAUAACAUGAACAAUUUGCGCGUUCUUGCGAGAAUUUCAGAUGACUACGAACCUGGGGGGACCUUGAUUCUCCAGAAGCCGUGUCCGCCGAGCUUUAUAGUUGUGGAAAAUAUUUUUAGCAAUCCUAAGGACAUAGGUUAACUUCUAAAACUUGUCUUUGAAAUUCAGUAUUAUUUUAGGAUACAUUCAGUAUGCUUCUAAUCGGCAGAAUUUCCGGGCAAUGUGUUCUGGAAGAACAGUGUAACAGUGAAACUGUAAAUAGCUCGUAGGAAAGGAGAGAGAGGAAGAUGUUAAUCGAUCAAAGAGACAAUAGAUAGGUAUCAUUUCGUAUGAAUCCAAGUUCGAAAUACAGUUUGAAAUAUUAGUUCGUGUUUCUUUAUAGUUUUGAUGACAUAGUACAGUACCGCGAGAGAUAUAUUUUUAAAAAACAAUAACGGUUAACGGCAACUCAGUGGGAACAUUUACCUUAUGCAAAGGUCAUUAGGCCUUAAUGAACCUUACAUAACUAAUUGACAAGGAUGCUGCCCAUAUAAGGGUCACUCAUUUGGAAACCUGGGUACAAAAGUCGCGGUUUCUAUGACAGUAAUUGCUGAGAAAUUUUAGGUUUUUCAGUUUGACUUUUAGAUGAUAACGGCUGUUUCCACUCUGUCGAAUAUAACCGAAUGUUCGCGCUAUGAUUUUGAUAAGGGGUGGUAACACCUGGAGCUGAUCCGCAAGUGAUAAUGCUUUGUUCACUGAACUGUUUUUCUGUCACGUUGUGACAGAAUGUCGAAGGAAGAGGAGCACAUUGUGUAAUGAACGCAUUUACUUUGUUGCAAAACAAAUUGCGAAAGACGCGAUGUGAGUUUAUUGUUGAAAGGAAUUUUCAACGUAAAUUUUCUAGUCGUCGCUUAUGUUUGUGUCUACGUUUGUCUGGCUUUCUAUUCUAAUUCUUGUGGUGCUUCUAUUCUUACCGAAGGCGAGUGUUAUUUGGCAAACACCACCUGCAUUGCUUGUUAACACAAUUUUGCCUUCUUCGUCUUCACCGUAAAUUUCGGAAAAUAUAGGGUAAAUAAAUCAUUAUUGUAAAGGAAAGAGAAUGGGGUAUCUUUAAUGAACCAAAAUAACCUGAAAUGGACUACAGAAUUUUGCUUUGUGGAUGACAUAUUUUCACCCCAGAGAUACGAGCUCCUAAGCAAUGUGUGUCCUUUUGUUAUUCUUUUUGUGAUUCUGAUAAGAGCGAUCGCUCCGUUUCUGCCACAUGUUUGUAGUGUGUAUUAACGCAAAAGAAGCGAAUUUUCUUUAUUCUCAUUUGGUACUUAAAAUGGGCACCAAACUUCGACUUUUGUUCGCUAUCCCGCGAAACCUCGACGCCUUUUUUUCCAAUCACGUGAACAUCCAACCGUAUGGAGAUAUUCUUGACACGUUUGCUCAAAUGAAAAUAAUGAUUCAUUUUUCCAUAUUUCUAACCCUUUUGGAAGCUGCUUAGAACAGAGCUAAAACUUGGGUUAUCUGAAAACCUUGACAGACUGAACUUGAUUAGAAAUAUUUGUACUCAAAGGUAAGAUUGAGGGAUACUGAGGCCCUUUCUGAAAUGAAUCCCGUUGGUUUUAUUGUAUUGAUUUGUAAUUUCAAACCAUAAUUGAAGUUUUCUUUUUGCGAACAUAGUAUACAUACCGCCUUAACUUUAAAAGUAGAGCUGAUGACAUCACGAGAAUGUAGACAACAUAGGUUAGAUAGUUCUUUUCUGGGUGGUGACGUAGCGUGAUUUCGAUCUCAUCGACAAACACACUGCCUUUUGCACGCAUGCGUAAAUAUCAUAUCCAACUCCUGGAAAUUUGUGUUAUGGUUGGUUUCUCUUCUUUAUUAGUAUCACUUGAAUUUGAACGGAAAUCGUGGUAGGUGGAAAAAUUGAUAACAAACUUACAAGAACAGCCUGA